AUGGUUGUAAAAACAAGCACUAAAACCUUCGAGGAGGCUUUAUAUAUGACUGGUUUUGGCAGGUUCAACUGCUUGAUGAUGUUGGUAAAUAUUAGUGUCAUCUUGGCCAUGGCGUUUGAAGUUGUCUCCGUGGCGUACUUGGUGCCAGCCAGUGCUUGUGAACUGAAAACAACGAACGCUCAACAGGGACUGAUGGCGGGAAUACCGCUGAUGGGUAUAAUCGCGACCUCCCAUUUCUGGGGAUACCUGGCUGAUACGCGAGGUAGAAGGAAGAUCCUCAUUGUAUGCAUGUCACUGGGUUUCUUGGCAGGAUCUUUAUCAGCAUUAUCACCCAACUGGAUUAUGUUUAGCGUUUUGAAGUUUUUGUCUUCUUGCGCAGUGUCCGGGACAUACGCUUUGGCCUUAACACUGCUGAGCGAGUGUACUCCUUAUCACAAAAGAUCGAUAAUGGUAGCUCUUACUAGCACCAUUUAUCUCACCUCCACGGGAAUAAUGGCAGUGCUUACAAUCCCGGUGCUGCAUUUGGACAUGGCUUAUCCAAUACCGUAUAUCAAUAUAGACUUUCUCCCGUGGCGUCUCCUGACUUUGGUAUUCGCUUUGCCAUGUGCGUUCGCUGCCUUAGCUUUAUACUUCGCCUUUGAGAGUCCCAGGUUCUUACUUCGGAUCGGAGAGGAGGAAAAUGCUUUGAAUAUUCUGAAAAGCAUAUUUUCAAUUAAUAGUGGAAAAAGCGGUGAUGAUUUCAAUGUGGAUUCAUUAAUAUUAGGUGAGGACGCUGGCAAGUUUGUUAAAGGUAUGUGGGCAUCGCUGGCUGCUCAAACAGCACCGUUAUUGAAACCUCCUCUUCUGAAAAAUACACUGUUAUUAGGAGUUUUGUUCACUAUAAUUUAUUUCGCAUUGAAUUCCGUGUUAGUUUGGCUACCUUUUAUAGCAGAUGCCAUGAUGAAAUCUAUUGAAAAGGGAGAUAACAAUUUGACAAUCUGUGAAAUGAUACGUCGCGUACAAAAUACACCGAUAGAAGACAUCAAUCAGGACUGCGCCCUCAACGAGUUCGGAAUGAUUUCAGUUUUUAUAAUAAGUAUCAUGAUAGCAACUCUCAAUAUUGGUCUAAGUACACUCAUCAACAAAAUGGGUAGAAAACGUCUCCUGGUUUGUGUACAGUUAAUAGCCGGUGUGGCGGGUGUAUGCGUGAACUUAAGUAGUGUGUGGACUGUGAGCGGUGCUUGUCUCAUCGUGUUUCUGGCUGGAGUACUUAACUUCGGAUUCCUUUCAACCUUCAGUGUGGACAUCUUUCCUACUUCUGUCAAAGCCAUGGCUGUAUGUUUAACGCUGAUGGUGGGACGAGGUAGCUCAGUGCUUGGAAUCAGUAUUCUUAAGAAUAUGUUUGUGACGAAUUGCGAAUUGGCCUUUUAUCUUUUUGGAGGACUCACUGUAGCCUCCCAGAGGGAUGGAGCUCAGGACCAACAAGUAGCGGACUACGAGACCGCUUUGGAUGCCGCUGGAUAUGGCCGUUUCAGUCGUAGUGUACUGGGGGCGUGUGCGUGCGCGUUCUUCACCACCGGCGUCGAGAACUGCGUCAUGUCUUAUGUACUCCCAGCAGCGAGAUGUGAGCUGAAUCUUACCACCUAUCACACAGGACUGAUCAAUAUGGCAUUCAUGAGUGGCGGUGUAGCAAGUGCAUUUUUUUGGGGUAUAGUCGCUGACGUGUUUGGGAGAAAGAAUAUCUUGAGUAUGACUUUGAUAGUGGACUCCACCAUACUCCUCGCUCAGAGCACAAUAUCAGAUUACAGACUGCUGAUAGCUGCUAGAGGUAUCAAUGGAUUUCUCAUCGGUGGUCCAUCGACGCUGGUGUUCACGUAUCUAUCAGACCUGGUGGGAUUCAAACGUCGACAAUUUUAUCUAGAUCUCAUCGGCAUGAGUUUCGUUGUAGCUUGGCUUGUUUUACCAGCAAUCGCUUGGUUGGUGAUCCCCAUAAAGCUAUCCUAUACUACCAUACUCCCAAUAUAUUCCUGGAGACUUUAUCUCGCCCUCGGCAGCAUCCCGGGAUUCAUGGCUGGUAUAUGGGUGCUGUUCCUCCCUGAAAGCCCCAGACUGCUGUCAGAUACAAAUAGAAGCGAUAAAGCCUUGAGAAUAAUUGGCAAAAUCCAUAAAAGCAACAAAGAAAUGACUGAGUUUAAGAUUAAGAAACUGAUACAAGACAACAUAUUGAUGACGAAAUCUAUGAACGGGGAACAAAAUAGGAGUAAAGUACUAUUUAUGGGAGUUUUGAAGGAUCUGAAAAUGUUCGUUUCAAAGAUGUACGCCAAGAAAUCAACUUUGAUACUCUUUGUGUUCUUCGCUAAUAUGGCCGCAGGAUUUGGUCUCAACUUGUGGAUACCAGAACUACUUCUCCGCACUAAAGGCAAGAGUUGUUCAUCAAAUAUAAGUGUACCAGAAAACGCUAAAUUAUUAAAUGCUAGCAUAUCUUGGGAUGAUCUACCCAAGGUAUUGGAGCUGCGUGGCGAACCUGAUGAUGAAUACAACGCUACAGUAUUUGAUGCCACUGGUGGAGAUUGCAAUGAAGAUAUUGAUGAUUCGAUAUAUACAUCAGGUCUGAUUGUUGGUGCGUGUUGUGUGGUUGGUAACGCUGCCUGUGCUCUCAUCUCUUCACGAGGUGCUGUCGGCGUGCGUCGUGCUGCAGUACUCUGUGCACUCGCCUGUGCUGCUGCGUGUGUUGUGCUGGCUGCCUGUGUCUGUGCGUGUGUCGCGACAGCACAUAUAGCGGUUGCCGCUGCCGCUGCGUUAAACGCUGCUUCAUUAAACGGGAAUGUUCUGCUGAUACGGUUGCUAUUGCACGCUCUUCCUGCUAAGUUGAGUGGUCUGGGUGUAUGUUGGGGAGCGUGGUGGGGUCGAGCUGGUGGCGUUGCUACCAAUUUCGCUGUUGGCGCACUAUUAGACUACUCAUGCCCGGCACCUUUCAUAGCUGUGGCGACACUCUUAGCACGUGAGUAG